AUGUCCUCAACAGGAAUCACACCGCUUGGGCCUUUGUAUGGGACUGGCCCUUCAUAUAGCUCCAAUCUGCUUCCAACUCCUAAUACCGAGGAGGGUUGCACCAACAUUAACACCAACGCAACAUUUAGUGGUGACGUAACAGAUCAUAUCACCCAUCCAAUUUCGGUACCCCGAGAAUCGUUGCCAACCCCCCAUCCAUAUACUUCAUAUUCGUAUUUUUCUCCCCAUCAAGCACCAGGGAGUUUGCCAGGCGUGGACUUAUCAACCUCCCCAUCGGUUCUACAACAGCAACCGGGCUCUGCCCCCAUUCCGGCUUACCCUGAGGGACCUCCCCAUCCCGUUUCCGCACCUGCCCCCUGCGGUGAUGUUUUAGGCGAGGUGAAACCUCUCAAAGCGAUCCAACCCAACGCCGCCGCGGAGGCUGCCCAGCUUCGCGCGCAGAUGCGGGUUCUGGAGCGCGAAAUCCAAGAAUUACGCCAAGGGCUCGCGCAGAACGCGUCGAUUGGCCAUCGUCAUGCUCAGAUCGUUGCCUUUGCCUCGGGCGUCAACGGGGUGGGCGCGCCCGCCGUGCGGCGUUCCAAAAGUGUCCCCAAAUCAAAGCCCGAGAUUGCCUUCAACCGCAGGGUUGGGAGUCCAUCGCGGGAGGUUCGAAGACGCCCCACCGUGCCGUCUAAAGCUCACGCAAAUGGAAAGGGAGGCCAGCCCCUUUAUGCGAAGGAAGAGGGUCGAAAUAUCGAUCGCCAACAAGGGCCAUCCCCUCAUCCAACCCCCGUGGCCACGUCAGCUAUAGUGAAACCAACGGAACGGGCGGUCGUGGGGGUUCCGUUGUUCACUAAUAGUCGUGAGAUUCCUCUGCAGGGCUCCGCUCAAGGAGGGGCGUUGCUUCCCAAUUCCUCCGAUGUUGGGAUCUCCUCUUCGGGGAGUUGUCGGGUUUUAGACAAGACGCAACAUCCGGUUUCGCACGACGCGUCGCCGGCCUCGCGUUUUCCACUUCCUGAAACUUCGAGCAGGGAUUAUUGUUGGUUAUCGGCGGAUUCGAGGGCUUUGCGUCUGCCUUAUACUCAAACGACGAAGGCUCCGCUCACGACGACAGGCAGCCCCUCAUCGAAUCCAAUCCCCACGUCAACCACGGCCAUCCCUUCCUCAGCGGGCACUGCUUUGUACGCGAAAAGUUCCACCGCGGAUCCGCAAAAUGAGAUCCCCAGCAGCGUCGUAGGGGAAACCCAGGGGGUUCGAGAACUGCCAAGUCAUCCAACAUCCGUGGCGAGCGCAGGAGGGGGGCCUCUCGGGGUCCCCUCUUCCUCCUCCCCCCCUGCUGUUUUAGGAGCGGAUGCGAGGAACACGGGUCUAGUGGAGGUUGCCGCAGCUUCCAGCACGGCAUCCACGCCUUCGUCUUCCGCGCACCAGGCCGCCCUGCAGUAUAUGGCGCGCGAGUUGGCGGAAUCUCGACAGCAAACCACGGCGCUCCGCCGCGGGGCGGAGGAGGGGGAGGCUCUUCGUUCUCAACUUCAGCUCCGCCUGGAGGCGCUCACGGCGGAGGUGGAGCGUUUACAAUCCGAGCUGAAGAUGGCCCAGGAUGAGAUCCGGAUUCUUCAAGAGCGAUCCCAUCCAGAUACGGCGAGCACCACUAACGCGACGAGGGAUCUUUCUGUUCUGAAAGAGGUUCAGGUACCCGCCGCGGCGGAUGCUGCGCAGCUGACAGUCGCAUCCUCAGUUUCUCAACAACAACAGCAGCAGUCGAAUUCAAUCGAAUCGUCAACUACCCCAGUUCACCUCACAUCAUCCGAGGGCAUGUCGGAAGUACAGAUCCAACUAAUGCAGGCCCGUGAACAAAUCCACACCCUUUCCAAAAAAAUCGCCGCAUGGGAGUCGUGGUUCGCGAAACAACAUCCGAAAUCCCACAAGGCAGUUCGAGAAAAGCGAAGCACCAGUGGUAAGAAGAUUCCACUAGAGGUAUUAUCGAAUACCGGGCGUGCUAAAACGCGCAUUCGGCGAGUUCCUCCAGACGACGCCCUCACCAACUCAUUUCCCAUUGGUUUACCCUGGCCGGCGGGUGGGGUGGAGGGGGGACCGGUACCCUACGGCUCCGUCUACACAACCCACGACGAACCCCCUCCACAAGCCUUUUCCAACGGAAAAGGAACCCAUCACCACCGUAGCAAGGGUGAGGCGGCGUAUGACGCUCACUCCAACAUGAUUUAUACUGACGCGUUUGCUCAUUUACACGCCCACCAAGCCACACCAUCGUAUCCGGUUGUCGAGGAUGCGUAUAGAGGCUGUGAAUCGUUAUUCCCUGUCGGGGGAUUUUUCCCCGACGUUGAGCGCGGGGUGAUGGAGCUCAUCGCGAAGGAGCGCGCCGUACGCGAGCUAUCUUCGGAAGGUCGAAGAAUGGCCGAAGCUCGACUGAGGGCUGUUCUGUUAGCCGAGCGACGCCAGAAACACGGGAGUGGCUUGAAUCGAGAUCAUGAAAGUGAGAGGGCCGCCGUCGGGAGCGUGAGCGGUAGCGACGGUCUGGACUCAGAAUAUCGCUCAGGGGCUCCCAUUGAGGUGCAACUCAGCAUGUCCAACGAUUAA